UUUUUAUGGACGGAUCAAAUCUCACUUCAAGUGGACAAAAGGAAUUGUAAACUUUUCUCAAUUUCUUUAAUCUUAAAAAGUAAGAAGCCAUGACAGAAAUUGAAUUAGAAUUCAAAGAUUUCUCAAAAUUCUAAGUUUCAGAUACACUCUACAAUAAGGAUGAUGUCUAAGAACUUCUAAAGAAAUUAGAGGCUAAUUUAGAAGUGCUUAUGAAUAAAGAAGUAUCCAAAAUUAUUCAUAUGUGUGGAGUUUAUGUUAAAAUAUUUUUAUCUGUAUGUUCUGAUCAAGAAUUUCAUGCAGAUUUUAAUUUUAUUGAGAAUGCGUAAUUAGAAUAAUAAAUUUAGUAAAAUCAUAGAAUAAAUGAAAAUACUUGAGAAAGGAGGCACCAUAGUUGAGGAUAAACCUCUUUAGAGUAAAAUUAGAUAUUCGAGAUUGCCAACAAUCGAUACUGCUCUUUAAAGUAAGAAGAUCAAUUUAUUCUAUAAGAAUAAAUGGAAGAAAUGGCAAAAGAGAAUGAUUUCUUAAAAUAGUACAAUUAAAAACUUUAAAAUGAAUUAAUUUUGCUAAAAAAGGAAUAAGUUUCAGAUGCUGAUUAAGUAGGUUCAUUUUAGGAUUAGAUAAAUUAAUUGAAAUAAGAGAAUUAACAAUUGAAAUAAGAGAUGGAGAAGAAACUAAAUGAUUGUGUUCAAUUUAAGACAUUAAAACAAAUGAUUUAGGAGAAGAAUUAACAGAUUAAAGAGUUACAAAUGAAAUUAUAAUGA